AAUUGUAUGUGCGGGUUAUGCUUCAGUGACUGUAUCUUGCUAUAUUAUUCAAUACAGGAUGUGAAAUUAAGGUAUCAUUAAUAUAAAUAAAUGCAAAAUGAGCAAGCGAGUAUAAUGUUUAUAUCGCGCUUCACGAAUGGUGUGUGAUACAUUUUAAUUGGUAAAAUUGCUACAUUUAUGGAACAGGACUGAAAUUAGAAUCGAAUAGCUUGUUCUAGUAUGUCGAAGGAAGAUAAUUUCGAAGAUACUUUAGCUUCACGAGCCACAGAAUUGUUUAAAAUUUGCGACCAUCAAAAUAAAGGAUAUAUUACAGAGGAUGACUUGAGUCUAGUUGCUGAGGAACUUGGUUUACCGCUCACACAAGACCAAAUCACUUUAACAUUUAGUAAACUCGAUAAAGAUCAAAAUAAUCACUUAACUUUGGCUGAAUUCAUCUCGGGUUUUGACCUAUUUCUGGGAGCACAUGACACAGACACGAAUUAUAAUACGUUGGAUUACACACAAGGGCAUCAGUUGUUUGACUUAUGUGACCGCGAACAGAAAGGCUACAUAGUGAAGUCAGAUUUGGAACGGCUGGCAGGGGAAUUUCAGCUGAGCAAGGAACAACUUGGGGAUUUGUUCCACAGCUUGGAUAUAGAUGGCAAUGGCUGUUUAACCUUAGAGGAGUUUGUAGCUGGCUUUGGGAAAUUUCUUGAAGUAAGUGAACCAAACGAGGGUAUCGAGAUCGCAGCAGAAAACCCACUCAGUCCAGUUGAAAGAAUUUACGAGAGUCACAACGAUUCGGGGGUGAAUUCUCCAGCGUUGUCAGAGGAUGUGUUAUUUGAAAAGAUCGCCGAUAAGGUUGGCGAUGAUCUGUUAUCCGGGUAGGUUAAACCCCAAGGGGUUUGUUAUUUAUUAUUAUUGGGUUGUUUAAUAUGCAGGAGGAAACCUAACCUAAACUAACUUUAUUUAUACUGGAUAGCUCUAUCAGUUCUAAACUGUUCUCCAUAGAGAUCCAGUAUUAAGGACCAUUAUUCAUUGGUCCACAAGGGAACCGCAGGACGCGAAGAAACCCACCGUGUUUGAGGUGAAAUUAUAAUCAGACUAUUGAAUGUGUGGGAGGGUCUCUAGUAUACGUAAUGUAAAUUGUAUAAGGGCUAAAAAUACGAGAGAUGGGGCGAACAAAUCAUGUACGUGAUAUUUUUAUUUUGCACUCAAGGCAAUACAGUCUUGUCAUAACAUAUACUCAGCUCUCAACGCUCAAGUGAGAUUUUAAUUUAUCAUGGUACAAUUUUGCAAUAUAAUCUUCCUGCCUGAGGAUAAACCCACGGGACUUGAAGUAUUAAGAAAAUUUGAAAGAAAAUUACAAGAAUAUAGAUCUACUUUCGAUUACAAAUGGUUUCGAAUUACAGAAAAUGGUUUUGGUUGAAAGUUGACCCCACGCUUUUUUAUGCUCUUGUCAUAGGGGUUAAAGUUGAUGUAUUGCGUGUGGACAAUGAUUGAUGUUUCCUAGGAUUUUUUUGCGGACCAAUAAUGCAUAGAGUGAUAUAUAUUGUGCCUUUUCUGACAAAUAUAUUAAAAAAUAAUUUCGCUGAAGAGUAAUGUAAGCAUACUACUAGAAAAUUAUCUGCACAAGAAUGAGAUAUGUCGUAGGCCAGCUCGCCAGAUUACAAAGGCGGAAAAUACGGAAUGUGGGUUUAUGUCAAAACUGCUACCCACGUCUUCGCCAUAAAUUAUUGUAUAAUAAAUGAAUGAAUAUACAGACUGAUUUAAGUCUUAACAGAUGCGUUUACAAUUCCAGAAAUUACACUAUCUUGUUUAAAAGUCUUUAAUCGCCUUAUUUAUUGUUCAAGAACUCCUGUGUAUGAUAACAAUGCUUCCCCCAAAGUAAUGAAUAUUCAAAUCAUGAUUAUCGAUGUCUCAGUAAACACGAAUUUGAAUUUAAUAUUUGAAACUACACUUACUGCUGUGCUUUUUGAAAUCUAAAUGCUUCAGCUUUAUUUUGAAAGCUUUAAUAUUUCGUAGAAAAAAACGUUUCUCGAAAUUUGAUGUCGUGAUGUUCUAUCUAUCAAAGUUAAUAUCGCGCCAGACGCUGUGAAGUGUUUUAUGCACUUAUUCAGCAAUGUAAAUUUAAUGCUUUGUAGCUGUCAGCUGUAUUGAUAUACUCUCUGGCUUAUCUCAACGAAAAACCCUGACAACUGACAAACGCAGCAUUUUUUUCACGAUUCGCACACAUGAAUUUUGAAGCGCAUAUCAUGUGAUAUCAUAUUUGAUCAAUUUAAAUCAAUUAUAAAUGCUUGCGAAUGUUAUAUCGUGUUCUAAUUGAACAAUUUGUGACAUUGAAAAUUUCCAAGAAUUCCCAUUUUCAAUAGUGAUUCUGUUCUAAUUGAGAUCUCUGUGACUAUUUUCGAAUUUUCCCCGCGUUGUAAUUUGACUAUUUGUAACAAUAUCUUUCUAAACAUUACCCAUUCAUUCUAAAAAAUAUAUUGCUGCAACUACAUGGAAUAUACAAAAAUAUAUAGAAAUAAAUUCCUGCACAAUUUCUACACCGUAAAAAUGCUUGACAAAGAUUUCAAAUACUAUUUAAAACACGAGCAACAGUGUUUUAUCAGAUGUAAAAUACGAGGCCAACCCGAGUAUCUUUAGGUCUGAUAAAACACGCACUGCGAAUGUUUUAAAUUGCUUCAAAAACGAUCGAUCUAGUAAGUUCAUUGGCGAAGUAAUUUUCAAAAACUACGUUGUGUAAGUCGAGAAAAUCAAAGUUAAAGUUUAUGUAAAUCAAGGGAAAUCUCUAUCACAUAUAAAGAUACGACACGCUUAUGAUUUUUCUUUGUGUUUUCCUCAUGAAUUAUUAACGAGUUUUUGAAAAAGCUUUAAAGCACAAGCAAAAAAUUGUUGGAAAUUCUACCAAUUUUAGUUCCAAGUUAAUAUAUAGAUACCAAUUCAUGUUAUGUUGUAUCGAAGCCUGCUAUGAUAAAUUGUUUACAUUUUAAACUCGGUAGGAAAGAAGUCAGACGAUUGUUUGAAAAAUAGCAGGAUAUUUGUCUAAAGUUAUUUUACUUGUUUUCCAAUGCAAAUGUACACUUUGGACGCGGGAUUGAAUCCGAAACAAUCGGAGUCUAUACGGUUUCAAUGACCAAAACAUUGAUUUAAAGAUUUAAUUUAUUAUAUUUAGAGUACUAUCAAAGGGACAACUUCUUGAUCUCUGGAAAGCACUCUCCUCCAAUGAAGUGAUCGGAUUUGAAAAGUUGACGGAGUUUUUAACCAAAGUCUCUCAAGAAAUCAAGAGAUCUCAAACACAGGCAUUACAUGUAGAGCAAACUUUGAAAGGGUAAGUGAAACUUUGUUUUGUGAGAGGAAAUAUAAAAGGGAAAAAUACAGUGAAGUCUAGCCAAUAUAGACAGACAUCUCUUUUAUACAGACAUUUCUCUAAUAUGGACAUCUUACUAAUAUGGACACCUCUCUAAUAUUGACAUCUCUCUAAUACGUACAUCUCUCUGAUAUGGACAUCUCUUCAAUACGUACACCUUACGAAUAUGGACAUCUCACUAAUAUGGACAUCUCUCUAGCUAAUACACACACCUCUCUAAUAUGGACACCAAUCUAAUACUGACAUCUAGAGAGAUGUCAGUAUUAGAGAGGUGUCCAUAUUAGAGAGGUGUCUGUAUUAUAUAGAGAGAUGUCUGUAUUAGAGAGGUGGCUUUAUUAGAGAGAUGUCUGUAUUAGAAAGACACCUCUCUAAUAUGGACACCAAUCUAAUACUGUCAUCUCUCUAAUACAGACACCUCUCUAAUAGAGAUGACACUAUUAGAGAGGUGUCUGUAUUAGAGAGAUGUCAGUAAUAGAAAGGUGUCCAUAUUAGAGAGGUGUCUUUCUAAUACAGACAUCACUCUAACAAAGACACCUCUCUAAUACAGACAUCUCUCUAUAUAAUACUGACAUCUCUCUAAUAUGGACACCUCUCUAAUAAGGACACCUCUCUAAUAUGGACAUCUCUCUAAUACUGACAUCUCUCUAAUAUGGACACCUCGCUAAUAAGAGGACACCUCUCUAAUGUGGACACCUCUCUAAUAUGGACAUCUCUCUAAUAAGGACACCUCUCUAAUAUGGACAUCUCUCUAAUACUGACAUCUCUCUAAUAUGGACACCUCUCUAAUAAGGACACCUCUCUAAUAUGGACACCUCUCUAAUAUGGACACCUCUCUAAUAAGGACACCUCUCUAAUAUGGACACCUCUCUAAUACUGCACGACAUCUCUCUAAUAUGGACACCUCUCUAAUACAGACACCUCUCCAAUACGGCCAAUGCACACUAGAUUUUGGCCACAGAAGAGCGAUAUAUCCCUUUGUGUCUCGGUGCUAUGGGACAGCAAAUGCAUAAGAACUUAACAUCUUUAUAACGUGCACUCUAAUGAUGAAAUGAUGUUGGUGUAAAGUUGUUGGUAUAAAGUUGUAUUUGAACAUAUAUUUUCAGGCAAGUGGAAGCUCAUGAGAUGGAGAUCCAGAAACUGUACGAAAAGAUGGACACACAACUGAAAGUGGAACGACAAGACAUCAGUUCUCAUGUAAGCCAUUAAGCUUCAUACUUCAUAAAAUAUACACAUAUUUUAAAAAAAUAUAUAAUUUUUUUUUCACAGCAUGAGAAAAAAGAGAAAGAGAUCCGAGAAGAAUUUCAAGAUGAAAUGGCCUCGAAAGAAAAAGAGUUACAAGAACUGUUGAAUCAACAAAGAGAGGUACUGUUCCUGGUCAUCUACACAGGGUGUCCUCCUUUUGGUAAAGGUGAAAUUCAAGGACUUUUCCAGGACUUUUAAGGCCCUUUUUCGGUAAAUUCAAGGAACUGGGAAAAAUCUUUGAAAAUGGCACCGAUUUGCCGUAAAUAAUUCACUUUAUUCAGUAAUUUUAAUCAAAAUCACUAAUGUUGGCACAGCUGGACGUUAAGGAAAUUAAUUCCAGGACUUUCAAGGACUUCUACUAAUUUUCAAGGACUUUCCCCAGUCCUGGCAACUUUUUUUCCAAUUCAAGGACUUUCCAUGGUUUUCAAGACCCGUGGACACCCUGUCUACAAUACCCAUCAAAUACUAAUUGUUAUUAUACUAACUUUUUUUAUCUAUCCUGGCAUCCAGCGAUCAGAAUAUUUCAUUGUGUUUUUCAUGUCACCCCCCCCCUCUUACGUUCGCAUUUCACUAAAAUAUACGCUCGAUAUUUUGGUCUACAAACACCUUCUUAUCUCACUCCAAACCUAUGCUUUCAACAUGUUUUCAUUCGUUUUAUUUAUCAUAUUUCUACCUUUCAGCUUGAAAAGAAAAUGCAACAUCUUAACCAAGCCGACACGGACGUAAGAGAGGAAAACUUUCGACUACAAGAGGUACGACACAAAUAAUGAAACAAGCUUUCGUUGAUUGAGAUGCAACUACCUGAAAAAUAUAAGGAGAAUUUCGACGCUUCGAGCGAAGGCCCUUUGUCUGGAGUUACUAGUGAAUUACAAAUCAUGAACCAAAUCAAAGAAUGUCUUUACCCAAGCUCAGGGCAGGAAAAAAUAAUUUUCUUCCUGGGAGCACAACCUGGAGACAAAAUUUCCUGCAGACCAAAGGAGUAUUUUUGUGCUAAAUCUGCAUGUGCAUAAACAUAUAGUGUUCUAGCUAACCAUGGUUUUAAAUUCAAGGAAUAAUGUCUGUCAACCAUAUGUUGUUGCGCCCAUAGUGGGACAUGGGUGUCAGGUUUCCUUCAAAUUUUCAAUAGCAAAUCUUCAUUCAAACGAAUUUCCUGCAGCUGUUUAACAUUUCCUGCGAGCAGUGUUCGCGUAUUUUUUCGACCCCUGCCCAAGCUUUGCGGUUAUACUGUGUAUUUAUUCUUCAGGCUAACUCGCAACUACAAAGUCAACUAGAUGAAUCGAGCAGUAGUUUAGAAGACACAAAAUCUUACGUACAACAGUUGCAAUCAUUGACGAAUGAGGAAAGAAAGGAACGACAGAGGUACGAAUUUUCAUUUAAGUAAGCCUGGCUUUAAAGCAUCAUCUACAGGGCCGGUUGUCUGGAUCAUCAGAAGUUUAAUUUUCAAAAUUUUUAAAUAAACAGACUGGUGCAGAAAUACAUAAACCAAAGCAACAUACGAAGCAAUAUGGAUUAAAUUGUAA